AAGAACAGUACGGAGGUGCGCGUGUUGUGUGUGGAAAAACAAUAAAGUGUCUGUUGUGUCUCUCCCCCUACGGCAGGGGGCUCUUGCAUAGCGCAAAACGUCAUGGCCUCCGCUUCCAAAUCCUUCCUUGCCGAUGCCGGUUACGGGGAGCAAGAGUUGGACGCCAAUUCCGCUCUCAUGGAGCUGGAUAAAGGUCUACGAUCUGGCAAAUUGGGAGAGCAAUGUGAAGCUGUUGUCCGUUUUCCCAGACUAUUUCAGAAAUACCCAUUUCCAAUUCUAAUUAACUCAGCAUUUUUAAAGCUAGCUGAUGUGUUCAGAGUUGGAAACAGCUUCCUGAGGCUCUGUGUUCUAAAGGUUACUCAGCAGAGUGAGAAGCAUUUGGAAAAGAUCUUGAAUGUGGAUGAAUUUGUGAAAAGAGUUUUCUCGGUUAUUCACAGCAAUGAUCCAGUUGCUCGAGCAAUCACACUGAGGAUGUUGGGCAGUAUGGCAUCCAUCAUCCCAGAGAGGAAGAAUGCGCAUCACAGUAUUCGCCAGAGCCUGGACUCUCAUGACAACGUGGAGGUUGAAGCUGCUAUCUUUGCUGCAGCUAACUUUUCUGCCCAAUCCAAGGAUUUUGCCGGAGGGAUAUGUAACAAAAUCAGUGAAAUGAUUCAAGGUCUUGCCACUCCUGUAGACUUGAAGCUGAAGUUGAUCCCCAUCCUGCAGCAUAUGCACCAUGAUGCCAGCCUAGCCUCCAGUGCUCGCCAGCUACUCCAACAGCUGGUGACAUCCUACCCUUCCACCAAGAUGGUCAUUGUCACUUUGCACACAUUUACCUUGCUUGCUGCGUCCUCUCUGGUUGAUAUUCCCAAGCAGAUACAGCUCUUACUGCAGUACUUGAAGAAUGACCCAAGAGAGGCUGUAAAGAGGCUUGCUAUCCAAGAUCUAAAGUUACUUGCAAAUAAAACUCCACAUACUUGGAGCAGAGAGAAUAUUCAGGCACUAUGUGAAUGCGCUCUUCAAACUCCUUAUGACAGCUUGAAACUAGGCAUGUUAUCUGUACUUUCCACACUGUCUGGGACAAUAGCCAUCAAACAGUACUUCAGCGUUGCUCCAGGAGCAACAGCUACUACACCAAGAUCAUCUGAUCUAGUCAAACUAGCACAGGAGUGCUGUUACCAUAAUAACCAGGGCACCGCGGCCCACGGAGUGCGCGUUCUGACAAACAUAGCUGCUUCCUGCCAGGAAGAAGAUCGUUUGCCAUUGGAGCAAGAUGCAGUCUGUGGCCUUGAAUCCCUCCUUGUUCUCUGCAGCCAGGACAGCAGUCCCAGUACCCAAGCAACUUUAAAGAUAGCCCUCACUUGCAUGGUGAAGCUAGCCAAGUGUCGCCCCGUUCUGAGCCAGUCCAUUGUUGAGUCCUUGUUGACACAGCUGCACAGCGCUCAAGAUGCUGCCAGGAUUCUCAUGUGUCAUUGCUUGGCAGCCAUCGCCAUACAGUUACCUGUCUUAGGGGAUGGAAUGCUGGGAGACCUGAUGGAUCUCUAUAAAAUGAUUGGAUGUUCUGCUUCUGAUAAACAGCAAGAGCUUUUGGUCUCACUUGCUACUGUGAUAUUCGUUGCCAGUCAAAAGACUUUAUCCUCUGAAGUGAAAACUGUUAUCAAACACCAGCUUGAAAAUGUGUCUAAUGGAUGGACAGCGUACAGGAUAGCCAGGCAAGCUUCCAGAAUGGGGAACCAUGGCAUGGCAAGGGAGCUCUAUCAAAGCUUGCUGACUCAGGUGGCUUCAGAACAUUUCUACUUCUGGCUUAACAGUUUGAAGGAGUUCUCCCAUGCCGAGCAGUGCUUAACAGGCCUGCAAGAGGAAGAUUACAGUUCAGCUCUUUCGUGCAUUGCUGAGUCACUAAAAUCUUAUCACAGAGGAAUAGCAUCCUUAACGGCCGCCAGCACACCACUUAACCCUCUGAGUUUUCAGUGCGGGUUUGUCAAGCUGCGGAUUGACCUUCUUCAGGCUUUCUCUCAGCUCAUUUGCACCUGUAAUAGCCUGAAGACUAGUCCACCACCUGCCAUUGCAACAACGAUCGCUAUGGCUUCAGGCAGUGACCUCCAGCGUUGUGGACGCAUUUCUAACCAGAUGAAACUCUCCAUGGAAGAAUUCAGGAGCCUGGCUGCCAGAUACGGAGAUCUCUAUCAAUCAUCUUUUGAUGCAGACUCAGCAACGCUGAGGAAUGUAGAGUUACAACAGCAAAGUUGCCUGUUGAUAUCACAUGCAAUCGAAGCCCUGAUCUUAGACCCUGAAUCUGCAAGCUUUCAGGAAUAUGGCUCUGCUGGAGUGGCACAUGUCACAAGUGAAUAUGAAAGGAGAAUGAUGUCUGUGUUCAGUCAUGUAUUGGAGGAAGUGGAAUCAUUGAACAGAAAAUACGCACCUGUAUCUUACAUGCACACGGCUUGUCUAUGCAAUGCAGUCAUUGCCUUGCUGAAAGUCCCCAUGUCGUUUCAGAGGUAUUUUUUCCAGAAGCUACAGUCAACUAGCAUUAAGCUUGCCCUGUCUCCAUCACCACGUAACCCCGCCGAGCCCAUCGUAGUUCAGAAUAACCAGCAACUGGCCUUAAAAGUGGAAGGAGUGGUCCAACAUGGCUCCAAGCCAGGCCUUUUCCGCAAAAUCCAGUCCAUCUGUCUAAAUGUGUCUUCGACGCUGCAGAGCAAAUCUGGACAAGAUUACAAGACCCCCAUUGACAGCCUGACCAAUGAGAUGGAGCAGAUGGUUGAGCCUCACAACGAUUACUUCAGCACACAGUUCCUCCUGAACUUCAUUAUUGUUGGCACCCACAGCAUCACCGUGGAGUCCUCUGUAAGAGAUCUCAAUGGCAUCAUAUGGAAGACUGGGCCCAAAACCACUCUGCUGAUUAAGUCUCUUGAAGAUCCCUACUCCCAGCAAAUUCGGCUUCAGCAGCAGCAAGGACAGCAGCCGCCCCAGCCCCCAGCCCAGCUGCCCCAGGCACAGCCACAGCAGCGAACCGCAUAUUCCCGUUUUUAGCACUCGUUCGUUGUUUAGUGGCCCACGUCACGGGCAUCGUGAUGGUGUGAUGAGUUGAAAUCCGGUAGCAUUGCAUAACCCAGCCAAACACUUUUAUCUCCGCUUCCGCCCUUUCUGUGUACCUGGCAACUUGCAUUCCACCUCACAAAAACUAUCAUGUGAAUUGGCCUUUAUGAAAGAUGCUGUACAUUAGGAGCAGCUGAAAUUGGUCCCCCACAUUCAUACAUCUUCAUGCGCAUCACCAGUUAGAGCUCCUUCUUGGGAGACGAUGAGUCAGCAAGGAAGUGUAUAUGUAUUGUCUGGGUUGCACUGCAGUGUAUUGGGUCUUUGAGUCAUCCAGUUGCCGGUUCCUGAAGAGCAUGAAUUGUUUUGAGAGCACUAAGCUGAUACUACACUUAGGCUCUCAAGCCAAGUAGGCUUUGUGCUUGUGAAAAACUCAGAGACUGUUCCCGAGUGUUAUACAACACUUCUCCAAAUGUGAAAAAUUUGGCACAAACAUCCAGACAUCCUGGCUGGAUAAUUCUAAGUAAUCCUUUUGAAUGUUGCCAAACUAGAAAAGGUUCUUUUGUCAUACUUGUUAUCAAGAUACUGUUCUUUCUGCUUCUGAAUCUCAUAGGUGGUCACUUUUGUUGCUUCUGUAUAUAAGAAUGCUCAAGAGAUGCCAACUGGAAAAUGGGAGGUUAUCUUACUUAACAGGAAAAGACCCUUUGAGCUUGGUUGAGGGUCCCCAUCCCUACCCUACCCCUGCUAAAAAGAACAGAAAUAAAUCUGUUUCAUCUUUGAAAGGUUGGAGAAAAAUUGGGUUAGAAAGUUGACAAAUAACUUCUUUUUUUACUCCAGUGUGAAUGGUGUAUGCAUUGAGAAGCAAGCCAGUACUUUUAAGAGGAGGUCUCUGAAGAAACAACUCACUCAGCAGUGUGAGAAGGCCAACACGGAACCAGUGCCUGCACUCUCUAAUCUGAAGGGGAUAUACUUCGUAUGGUUUAUUGAGUCCCUUUCUGCAAGAGUGAAGGUCUUAACAAGGCCAUGAAGGGAAGGCAUAUCUCCUAUGCAUUGCUCCCUUGUGAAUUAAGAACUGACUGACAAAUAUGAAAAAUAUCAUUGGGUCUGAGCUGUUUAAACCAUGACUGCCUUGUGGGUUGUCUUCCAUUUCUAUGCAGGAAGGAAUUCUCAUUGCUUUCUGUUACUGUAUGUUCAAUGUGUCCUUGUGUUCUAUUUUCAGAUGUCAGUAGUUCACUCAGGUAUUGAGAGUAUACACAGGAUGAUGGGGAUUGCUCCCAUCGAAAAUGGUGUUUUUAGAUGGGUUUGGAGGGUAGUUGCAACAUAGCCUUUUUUGGCUGAAGUUUGUUCU